UGCUGUUUCUAGGCGAUGGUUGUAAUAUUUGUAAAUAUUGUAAACAUAACCUCAAAUGAAAUAAUUGGUUAUUCUUGAUAAUUCAAAAGUGGUUUUUGAUUUUUUAUAGUUAUUCAGUUUGAUUUUUGUUUUAAAUUUUAAAUAAUAUGUCUGACGAGAAAAUCGAGAAUCUUAAAUUGGAGAUCAAAAAUCUUCAAAAUGAGUUGUUUCUCAAGAAACGAUUAUUGCAGGAAUUAUUAACAAAAGAGAUCAAAUCAACCUACUGCAAUAACGCUUUCUCAACUGAGGAAGUGGUACGGUAUAGUCGCCAGAUGAUAAUGCCUGAUGUAAGUGUAGCUGGUCAAAUUUCCUUGAAGAAGAGUAGAGUUCUUAUUGUAGGGGUGGGAGGACUUGGCUGCCCAGCUUCAUUGUAUCUGGCAAGUGCUGGAGUUGGACACAUCACCUUAGUCGACUAUGACGAAGUAGAAAUUUCCAACCUGCAUAGACAAGUUUUGCAUUCUGAAGAUGAUGUAAAUGUACCCAAAGUAGAAUCUGCAUUCAAUAAGCUCAGAAGGAUAAACAGCAACAUAAAAAUUGUUCCAAUCAAAGAACAUGCCAAUUCUGAAACAAUAAAGAACAUUCUGGAGAAUGAUGAAUAUGACGUAGUUGUAGAUGGCAGUGAUAAUGUUGCCACUAGAUACCUUUUGAAUGAUAUAUGUGUUAUGAAAGACAUACCCUUGGUCUCUGGUAGUGCACUUCAACUAGAGGGUCAGUUAACGGUUUAUCAUUAUAAAGGAGGCCCUUGCUAUCGAUGUUUGUUUCCUAUUCCUCCUCCAGCGAACACCGUUACUAACUGUGGUGAUGGUGGUGUUUUGGGGCCAGUUCCUGGGCUGAUUGGUGUACUACAGGCUCUGGAAACAAUAAAAAUUGUAACAAAUUCCACUGGAGUUUUAUCAAGUCGAUUUCUGACUUUUGAUGGUUCAACUUGUACAUUCCGGAAUUUCAAACUUAGGCCUAGAAACCCAAAAUGUGAAGUCUGUGGUGAUGACCCUACCAUAACCUCUCUGAUAGAUUAUGAACAAUUUUGUGGAUCAAAUGCCCAUGACAAGGUGGUUAACAUUGAUGUUUUGGAAUCUCGACAGCAGCUAGAUGUAAGGGAUUUAUCAAAAAUUGGAAAUGAUGGCGUUCUUUUGGAUGUCAGGCCUGAAUUAGAAUUUGAAAUGUGCAGUGUACCUAAUAGUGUGAAUUUUCCUUACACUAGUAUUUUGAAAGAUUUGAAACCUCUCAGAAAUUUUUUGGAAGAGAAAUCGUUAAAGGGUGUGAAAAAUGUUUAUAUAUUAUGCCGUCGAGGAAAUGAUUCCCAGAGGACAGUUCUUUAUUUGAAAGAUGAAUUCAAAGAUGGCUCUUUUGAAUUUUGCAAUGUGACGGGAGGUCUUCAUGCUUAUUCCAAAUAUGUUGACUCAAACUUUCCUGUGUAUUGAACAAUUACCCUGAUGUUUUUUUAUAAUAAAUGUUCAUAUCAAUUGUUAUAAA